AUGUCGUCCGACAAAGAAGACAGUAGCAUUGUUGCUAAGAAAACAAAUGAGGAAGUUGCGCCUUCCAGCACUGAAACAGAUGCACCCAGAACCACAGCAGCUCAGUUUGAGGGUGACGAAGCAGCGUUUUUGCGAACCAUCACAGCCGAUAUCCGGGAUCAAGAUGAUUUAGAGCGUGAUAUUACAACACAGGCCAACGCCGCCUUAAUUGAGGCAGAAGACAAGAAGGAUAAGCAGCGCAUUGAGAAACUAGAGGCCACCAAAGACAAACUCGAGACAAAGAGAACAGAUCAACGAAAGAAGCUUGAAGGAGCUCGUCGAAACCCUUAUCAGUCGCGGAUCAUACAGAAGGAGCUCGACAAGCUGGAACUUGAGAUUGAGAAUGCCGUCAACGAUAUCUCGGACUGCCAAGCCCGCAUAGAUAAGAGGCAGGAGGAGAUUGCCGUUAUCGAGGAUCCCGUCAAGAGCAAAUCUAAACGCUUGGCCGGCGAAUCACACCGAGAAUACCUUGUUCGGACAGGAAAGAUCACGCCCUUUGCCAACAUUGGCGGUGAACGACCUGAUGGUUUCGAGGGCGAGCUAGCAGACGUUCUCGUCGAGGCUGAGCAAGAUGCAGCUGCAGAAGAGUACCACAGCGACGAUGAAGAGCCGAAGUCUCAUCAAGUACUGCGGAUGCCGGGAUUUGCCGAACAUCCAGAAACAGCUCCGGCAUCCGUUGAGACUGGAUUUUCUCUACGACCGAGAAAGAAGCGCAAGGUAGAUGAAGGAGCAUCUUCUGAUGAAUUUGAUGCGUCGGCUGUUAGUUCUGCUGAAAGCCAGUACGCUUCGGACACCAGUGAGGAAGAAGCCACGGGUCGCAAACGCAAGAAGGGCGCGACUACGGAUAAGAAGAAUAAGCAGAAGAAGGUUGCAGAGAAUACAGUCACCGUUGGUAACACAAAGGUGGACAUGAGCAGCGUUGACGACGGAAAUGAGGCGAUCUAUCAAGCACGCCUUGCCGAUUGGGUCAGAAGGCGGAGUGCAGCUCGUCAACAACAAAGCGGAAAUGCUGAUGGUGACAUCUCAACUGAAGAGAACGGCGAGGAAGAGUGGUUCAGGCCGUCGCCUGAUCAAUCUGAUCAUGAAUUUGGCAAUGGGCUGAGGCUCCCGGGAGACAUCCAUGCGUCGCUGUUUGCAUAUCAAAAGACCGGCGUUCAUUGGCUUGCUGAGCUUUAUGAGCAAGGCGUAGGCGGCAUCAUCGGGGACGAGAUGGGCCUUGGAAAGACAGUGCAAGCAAUCGCUUUCGUUUCGGCGUUGCACUACACCAAGAAGCUUGAUAAGCCCGUCAUAGUAGUUGUCCCCGCGACUGUCAUGCAGCAGUGGGUCAACGAAUUUCACCGAUGGUGGCCUCCUUUAAGAGUGUCGAUUCUGCACUCAUCCGGUAGCGGCAUGAUCAAUGUGGCUGAAGACGAUGAUGAUGAAGAGUAUCCUGGAAGCGGGACGAACCGUGACGCCGCAGAACGCAUCGUCAGGCGUGUUGCUAAGGAUGGACACGUCUUGGUCACAACGUACGCUGGCUUGAACACCUAUGGCGAGCAACUACUUUCCCUGGAAUGGGCCUACGCCAUCCUCGAUGAGGGCCACAGAAUCCGCACCCCCAACGCGAAUGUUACAUAUCAAGCCAAGUGUCUCAAUACGCCUCAUCGACUGAUCCUUUCGGGUACGCCAAUCCAGAACAACCUCACUGAGCUGUGGUCGUUAUUCGACUUCAUCUUUCCCAUGCGACUAGGGACUCUUGUCAACUUCAGACAACAGUUUGAGAUUCCUAUCAAGAUGGGUGGUCAUGCGAAUGCGACCAAUCUUGCAGUCAUGACUGCUGAAAAAUGCGCAACGACUUUAAAGGAAACUAUUAGCCAGUAUCUGCUUCAGCGGCUCAAGGUCGACGUGGCAUCAGAUCUGCCGGAGAAGACGGAGCAGGUGCUUUUCUGCAAGUUGACGCCGGAACAAAACGAGGAGUAUAUCAGGUUCAUUCAUUCGGAUGCGGUCUCUCAGAUUAUGGCCAAAAAGCGUCAAUCCCUCUACGGAAUCGAUAUCCUGCGGAAGAUCUGCAAUCAUCCAGAUCUUGUCAGUGUGAAUAGAAAGAAUCAACCAGGAUACGAUUGGGGAAGCCCCAGACGGUCUGGCAAGUUGCAAAUGGUCGGCGACCUUCUUCCAAUGUGGAAGAAGUUCGGACACAAGACGCUGCUCUUCUCCCAAACCAAGAUCAUGCUUAACAUAAUCCAAGACUUCAUCGGCAAGAUGGAGGGGAUGAACUACCUACGCAUGGAUGGAGACGUCACCAUUGAGAAGAGACAAGUCCUGAUUGACAAGUUCAACAAUGACCCCUCUAUUGACGUUUUCCUGUUGACGACCAAGGUGGGCGGCUUAGGUGUGAACCUCACCGGAGCAACCAGGAUCAUUAUUUACGACCCUGACUGGAAUCCGUCGACGGAUUUGCAGGCGCGAGAGAGAGCCUGGCGGUUAGGCCAGACAAAGCCGGUUGCGAUUUAUCGGCUAAUGACAUCGGGCACCAUCGAGGAGAAGAUUUACCACCGCCAGAUUUUCAAGCAGUUCAUGACGAACAAAGUCCUCAAAGAUCCGAAGCAGCGAGCCAAUUUCGAUCUUUCCGACCUUUAUGACCUAUUCAGCUUUGGUGACAACAGCCAUAGUAUGGCCAGUGCCAAUAGAAGUAAGGUAUUUGAGGGUGCAGAAGUUAAGUUCAACCAGUCAGAGGGCCACAAUCAGCUGGAGAAGCCAUUAAAGAACGCCGUUCCCAUCUCAUCCGUCAAGGCUGCAGAUGAGGUCGACACGGUCCGCAAGCUUUCCGGCGUCGCUGCGAUGGAAGAGUUCACGGAGCCUACAGAUGACAGCGAAGAGAAGCGGAUAACCGAGAAUCUCUUUUCGCGGACCGUGGAUAGUGCCUACGAGCAUGACCAAAUCAUGAAUGGCAAGAAGAAGGUGCAGGCUGAUCAGGCCAUGAAUCGACACGAGGCGAACAAGAUAGCGGCCCAGGCUGCCGCCCAUCUGCGACGAGCUGGAGAGGCUGCGCGCCACGUUCCCAUCGGGACCGUUACCUGGACUGGCGAGAUCGGCGAGGGCGGACGACCUACGGCACCGCGACGCCGAGGGGUGAAUUCUUCGGCCGUGAUGACUUCACUUGCGGAUCGUCAGGGGCUCAGUCAGCCAGUCAGCGGUUCUAGUUCGCGGGCCAAUACUCCAGGGACCGACAAACCCUUGAAGGAGAAGGAUUUCAUUCCCUUGAUCCAGACUUUUAUGAGACGUCAAGGAGGCAAGGCAGUCACCAAGAUGCUGGUUGAUCAUUUCAACCCGUAUUGCAAGACUUCGAAACAGACGGAAGACUUCAAGAGUGCGCUGGACAGGGUAGCCGUCCUGGGGAAGACGGGAGGCACAGGUCGAGGUACCUGGACACUGAAGCCUGGAUUCAAGUAG